CAUUCUUCUAAUCUGGUCAUCUCUGGACAGACACCGCAGCUCCGCAAACCCUGACCCGUCUUCCUGUAACCCCACAGCCGGAGAGGGCAGAAAACAGCAGGGUUCUCAAAUUCUUUCUUUCUCAGCAUUCAUGAUGGGGAGUUACUAAAACACUUGCAAUUUAUACAAAAACAAACCUUUAGAGCUUCAGAAUACGAUGGCAAUUUCAGACACAGAAUUCGGCAUGGAGGGCAGUAGCAUCCUUAAGGAAUGGAGCGGACAAAUCCAGCCAGCACUCAUUGCAUCUUUCAUCUUCCUCUGCUGUCUGGAGGCUUGUUUCUGGGUCAGGAACCUCACUCUCAAAAAGAGGCUUCCAGGCCCGUUCGCAUGGCCUUUAGUGGGCAACGCCAUGCAGCUGGGACAAAUGCCACACAUCACCUUCUCCAAGCUGGCGAAGAAGUACGGAAACGUCUACCAGAUCAGACUCGGGCGAAGCGACAUUGUGGUUCUGAAUGGAGACGCUGCUAUACGCAAGGCACUCAUUGAACACAGCACUGAAUUUGCCGGGAGGCCAAACUUUCUGUCUUUUCAGAUGAUCUCCGGCGGUCGGAGCAUGGUGUUCAGCAGUUACAGCAAACAGUGGAAGGUGCAUCGGAAAGUAGCUCAAUCCACUUUAAGAGCAUUCUCGUUAGCUAACACUCAAACUAAACACACAUUCGAACAACACGUUGUUGGCGAAGCCAUGGAUCUGGUCCAGAAGUUUCUGAGGCUCGGCGCCGACGGACGACACUUCAAUCCUUCGCACGAAUUCACCGUCGCCGCCGCAAACGUCAUCUGCGCGCUCUGCUUUGGGAAACGCUAUGGCCACGACGAUCCCGAGUUUAGGACUCUUCUGAAAAGAGUGGAUAAGUUUGGCGAAACUGUUGGCGCUGGAAGCCUGGUGGAUGUUAUGCCUUGGCUGCAGUCGUUUCCCAAUCCGGUACGAAGCGUUUAUCAAAACUUCAAGCUCCUUAAUGAAGAGUUCUUCGCUUAUGUGAAGGACAAAGUGAUGCAGCAUAGAGACACGUACGACCCUGCGGUCACCCGUGACAUGAGCGAUGCAAUCAUCGGCGUAAUUGAGCACGGGAAAGAGAGCAUGCUGACUAAAGACUUUGUUGAGUCUACGGUCACUGAUUUAAUCGGUGCAGGACAAGACACGGUGUCCACAGCCAUGCAAUGGAUUCUUCUGCUUUUAGUCAAAUACCCAUCAAUCCAAACCAAACUCCAAGAGCAGAUUGAUAAAGUAGUCGGUCGUGACAGACUCCCAUCAAUAGAAGACAAGAGCAACCUGACCUACCUGGACGCCUUCAUCUACGAAACCAUGCGCUACACCAGCUUCGUCCCCGUCACCAUACCACACUCCACCACCGCAGACGUCACCAUCGAAGGUCUCCACAUCCCCAAAGACACCGUGGUGUUCAUCAACCAAUGGUCCGUCAACCACGACCCUCAAAAGUGGCAGGAUCCUCACGUCUUCAACCCGUCGAGAUUCCUGGACGAGACCGGAGCUCUGGAUAAAGACCUGACCAACAGCGUGAUGAUCUUUUCUAUCGGGAAGAGACGAUGCAUUGGCGAUCAAAUCGCCAAAGUGGAGGUUUUUCUGUUCUCUGCCAUGUUAAUCCACCAACUAACCUUUGAGAACGACCCAUCACAGGACUUGAGUUUAAACUGCUCUUAUGGGUUAACACUAAAGCCAUUUGAUUAUAAAAUCUCUGCCAAACCCAGAGGAAGCAUAUUUAAUGAAGAAUAAAUGACUGUGUGUGCUUUCAAAACCCACUGUCUCUGAUAUAUUACACUAUGCAGAAUAAGGUAUGUACUUCAUAUUUAGCAACACUGAACUUCAGAGAUAGUAUAUUAAUAUAGUUCACUAUAUACACGUGUAGAUUAAUGUAUGACUAAAUCGAAAUGUUUUGUAAUCAAGAGUAACUAAAGGAAAAGGGCCAAAAGGAAUAAAAAUGGUGUCAGCAAGUUUUUAUAUUAUGCUUACAUUUAUUUUAAAAUUUGCUACUUUCUAAAAAAAACUAUUCUGAAAAAAUUUCGUAUAUAUAUAAAUGAACUUCGUCAUUAAAAGAGCAAUUGCUUUUAAUAAAUAAAUAAAGGAAAAGCAAGAUAAAUGUCUAAAUUCCUUUUUUUUCUACAAGUUUUCAAAACCCUGUCAUUUUUAAAAAGUUGAUGUUGAAAAAUGAUACAUGAAUGUGACUUAAAACUGUUUUUAUUGAUGUAAAUAAAAUGCAUUGUCGACUACAA